GUCAUCUGAGAGGGCUAGCCAGGCCUGCUGUGCAAGCGGCCAUUUUUGUUAUAGUCCUACUGACACAGCGUACAGCAGCCUGGCUUGGACCACAAGAAUCAUGGACUCACACCUCCUGAUAACUCUUUUACUGGGCAACUGACACCCGUGUGCAGCUGAAGGACCGUGUGCAGCCCCAGGAUGAGUAGUUGGAGUAAGAGCCCUGACAGGCCAGAAGAUGCCGAUUGCGUGGACAAAGACUCUUGGUCAUGGAGUGAUGAUGACGUGCCCUCGGCUCCAGGCAAACUGGAGGAUGCUUCUGCUAGGAGUGACUCUUCACCCAGCCCCCUUCCGCCCCCCCACAAACUAGAGAGGGGCGAAGAGGAGAGGUCAUUACAACAGCGAAUGAGAGCUCUCUUCCCAAAGAAGCUGAGCAGCAUCUUUGACAAAUGGACAAAGAACGAUGAAGAUGACCACGAUACUAAUGUUGAUUAUAAUGAUGAUUAUCCAACGGCGAUAAAAAUCCUGCCAAAUGGGACCAGGGUGAGCCCACCGGUGACUCCCUUCUUGGAGAGACGCUGGGAGCCAGGGGACUCGCUGAGAUCCAGUAAGGGCUCUCAGAAACCCUUGAUAACCCCCGGCCCUCCAGACAUUAACAGGGCUUAUGAUGCUUUCGAUGGCUCUGAGCUGACGAGCCUUCAUCCAGCAGAGUACUAUGCUGAGAAGCUGGAGGUCUAUCAGAUGAAGUACUCCUACCUGAAAUCAUGGCCUGGACUGCUGAGGCUCUUGGCUGGACUAGAGCUUCUUUUUGGGGGGAUGGUUUUUGCAUGUAUCAUUGCCUACAUUCAGAAGGACAGUGAAUGGUCAAACUACUACGUACCAACUUAUCUAAACAGUUUCACCGGAUCAGGGUACUCCUACAGUGGACCUAUGACACCUUUCGUGUUGGCAGUGACCGGAGUGGCGUGGAUAGUGACCAUAAUCCUCCUGGUGCUGGGAAUGACCAUGUACUACCGGACCAUCCUGCUGGACUCCCCCUGGUGGCCGGUCACAGAAGGCCUCAUCAACGUGGCCCUUUUCCUGCUCUACAUGGCGGCCGGCAUUGUUUACAUCAACGACCUGAACCGCGGUGGCAUGUGCUAUAUGAUUGUCGGCGUGAACCCCAUCAUGUCCAGCCUCUGCCGCGUGGACGGAGGCCAGAUGGCUGGCACGGCCUUCAUCUUCAUCAACAUGCUCAUGUACCUGCUCAGCUUCAUGGUGUGUCUGAAGAUGUGGCGGCACGAGGCCACCCGCAGGGCAAGAGAGGCCCUGGGCAGCAUGAAGCAGGUACCUCCCUCAGUCAACACUGCCAAAUCCAAGUCCAAGAGGAUUGUGUUCCAGGACGAGAUGGAUCAGCCUGAAAGGAACACCAAGCAGCUCCUCAUCUCCCAGAGAGCCGAGGGAGCAGAGACUCUGUGUGGAGCCAUUCCCAGUGGAUACGUCCCAAAGCCUCGGGUCAUUCCAGAUUACAUUAUAAAAUAUCCUGAGAUCACAACCGUGGAGGACAGGGAGCAGUAUAAAGCGGUGUUUAAUGACCAGUAUCAGGAAUACAGAGAGCUCCACAAAGACAUCAGUGCCACUCUAGCAAAAUUCAGAGAGCUGGAUGCCAUGAUGAACAAGCUCCUAAGAAAUGUCAACACCACAGAGGACCGUAAAAGGAUUGAUCAAAUGUUGAAAAAAUAUGAACUAAAGAAAAACGAUCCCUCGUUUUUGGAGAAGAAGGACCGCUGUGAGUACCUGAAAGCCAAACUUAGCCACAUCAAGAACAGGAUCAGGAAUUUUGAUGAAAAAAUGUCAGACAACAGCCAAACAUAAUAAAAUGGCACAAUCUACGACAGCCCACCCGUUUACAGCCCACACUUCAACACUCCCUCUGAUGGAUUUUACACAUCAAGGAGUGGACCCUCUCCGCGCACAUACAGCUACCACACAGCACCACUUGAGCCACGUUACAUGGAUGAAAAUACGCAGUAUUUUUACAGGUGGCUCUCACCUCCAGGGAUUGUGAAAACGAUGGAGGGCAUCUGUGUGCUUCUUUGCUUUGUUAUCUUCGCUUGUGUUGCCUCCACUUUAGUCUGGGACAUGCACGGGUAUGAGACUAGUGUAGGAGGUUACAUCUCAGGUGGAGGAUUUGGUUACAAUGGAGGUGUUGGCACAGGCACUGGAUACUACGGAGGAGCGUAUGGAUACCACAGCUCUUACAUGACCCCCUACUCUGCAAAGAGCGCUAUGAUCUCUAUGGCAGCCAUCAACUUUAUAAUAGCCUUAAUGUUCCUUGUGGCUAGCUUCUCCAAAACCCGCACUGUACGUAGUCGCCGGUUCUACCUGACAGUACUGGUGGUGGAUGUGUCUCUGGGGGUCCUGCAAUGCAUAAUCAACAUCAUAUUUGUCAUUGGUGUCAACCCAAUGGCCCAGAGCUCUCAGAGCAUGCUGUAUAACCCCAUACUGAUGAUGUGCCAGACGCCACAAAGCACCAGCAUUAGUGGAGCUGCAGGAGCAGGCUUCCCUGGCGCAUAUCCAAUGUUUAACCAGUAUCUGCACCACUACUGUUACAUGGAUCCAGAGGAGGCUGCAGCCUUGGUCUGUGGUAUAUUGGUCAUGGUAGUAUUGAUUACUGCUGCCUUCUUUUCCUAUAAAACCCGCAGUAAGAUCUGGCGUCAUGGUAAACCCAACAUUUUUUGGGAUGAGCCAUUUCCUAGCCCAGCAGGAAGAGAGGGCUCAGCUGACUGGUUGACUAGUUUGGGAAGCACUCUGCUGCCCCCUGCAGUGGUGGUAUCAGACAAGUCCAGCCCCGACCUGAAGACAGAGGCCAGUGUGGCAUCCUACCCCGAGCGGACCGUGAGUGUGGUCAGUGGAAACACUUACGACACUGUUUACUCUGAGCACAUCCACAGCGGUCCUCCGGAGCCUCUGUAUCAGGAGAACGAGAUCACCUCCAGUGCUUUUGAAGUGGCUGAAGUACAGUGGACCAUAGCUCCAGCCUCCAGAGCUCAGGGUCAGGCCUUGGCCUCAGAGAUAGAGCUCUAUGAGAUAGGCUACUCCACUGGCCCUGGGACGUCUACUGAGCCGGACACAGAUGGAUGGGAGAGCAUGUAUCCAGAGAUCACGUCAGAUGCACAGAGGCAGCAGUACAGGCGGGAGUUUGACUUGGACUUGGCCGAGUACAAGCGCCUCUGUGCCGAGAUGGACGACGUCAAUGACCAGAUGAACAAAUUGAGCAGGGAGCUUGACACUCUCGAGGAGGGAUCUGCAAAAUUCCAGGCUGUUGCAGAGGAAUACAAUCGACUGAAGGACCUGAAGCGGGCCUCUGACUAUCAGUCAAAGAAACUGCAGUGCAAGGAGCUGAAGCAGAAACUGUCUCACAUCAAGCGAUUGGUGAGAAAGUACGAUGAGGGUUAUUCUUAGACGGGCAAAAUUCUCCCCGCCUGGGGGGAGGGGGGGCGUCCGCUGGAACACUGCUCCAGGACAGGCCUUUCUCACUCAGAACCUGUCACUCUUAGCCGCUGCCCAUCAUUGACACCGCCGAGGCACUGAGACCUCCCUCACCAGGAGCCUGUGGCUGGUUGGCCCUCUGACCACACUGCUCUGCCUCCAGCCUUGUGCGAGUACUAUUUAUCACCCCUGCGCAACUGUUCAAAAACUCUCUCAGUUCAUGAUCUGUCUGUGGACACAUCAGGCUGUAUUUCUGACAACCCUCAAGAUUGAUGAGGGAGCAUCACAGAGACUAUUUACAGUACAAAGUAAAAAUGGGUCAAAUUUAAAAGGUACUCUUUUGUUAAAAAAAAACAUGUACUUUCUUUCAGUUUUGUUGUUGUGAUUU